AUGCCGAAGUCAAAGCGCGCGAAGGUCGUACAUCUUACCAAGACGGACAAGAAGGGCAAGGAGCUGUCUUUGAAGCUUUUUGCCAAUGUCCAGGAAGCGGCGGACAAUUUUGAGCACAUCUUUGUCUUCGCCGUAGAGAACAUGCGCAACUCAUACCUCAAGGAACUUCGUCAAGAGUUUGCCGAUAGCCGAUUCUUCUUCGGAAAGACCAAAGUAAUGGCGAAAGCGCUUGGACUCACCCCAGCUGAAGAGCACCUCACCAACCUCUCGGAGCUUAGCCAGCAUCUCAACGGCAAUGUUGGACUUUUCUUCACCAACCGCGACCCCAGUGAGAUGAUCGAGUACUUUGCCAACUACUCGCAAACCGACUUUGCGCGCGCCGGUAUCGUUGCUACACAGACCUUCACAGUCCCCGCCGGUGUAGUCCACUCAAGAGGUGGAGAGAUUCCCGAAGACGAGGACGUGCCCCUCCCGCACAGCAUGGAGACCACCAUCAGGAAAUGGGGCAUGCCAACGAGGCUCGACAAAGGCAAAAUUGUGUUGGAUGUACCGUAUACCGUCGCGGAAGAGGGCAAGGUCAUGAACAGCCAUCAAACAGCGCUACUGAAAAUGUUCGGUGUGGCCAUGGCAGACUUCAAGAUCGACCUCAAGGCCUACUACACCAAGGCGACCGAGUCUGUGACCGAGGUUGGAGCUAUGGAGGAGUAA